UUUCUUCCCAACUUCAACUGCCAAACACACGACAGUCCCAAUACUACUCGUGUCCUUCCUUACCUUUUCUGUUAUUUUCGGUUUGAUUUCCGUUAUCCGACCAUGGGCCAUUUCGAUAACUGCACACCAGACCAGCGCUUCAGUGUGACGCAUGCUGCGGGCUGGCAUGAGACUGGCACAGAAAAGAUCAUCAUUGACUGGGACCAACGGCGUUUCAUUGCCGUUGCCACGCCAUGGAAAGAGGAAGAUGAAGACUUCUUUCUUCAUGCACUCGCCGAGCAUAUUGACGACAUUUCCUCGGACGUUAUACAGAUCGAGGUCGGCGAGGACGGCGAGCUACUGAAAACCACAACCGAUCUAGUUGUUGACCCUACCAGGAUUCCAUUCUAUCCCUCUCCAUUAGAUUAUAUGACCCAAGUACAACAUAUUAGACGUGAUGAGCUGAUUGAGGUCAGUCGCAUGGGCGUUCAGGUUGACCUGUGUGAGCACACUUCUACAACUGGCUCGCCACCGCAGCAGGUUGCGUUUAAAUAUUAUUUCAACGAGGGCAACAUGGAAGCGAUAUGGGAUGAGGCGAAUUGUCUCUCUCGCAUACCUAGGCACCCCAACAUCAUUCCCUUUCAUGGUCUUGUUAUCGACCGUGUUGAGGGCCAAGACAACGACAAAGUGGUGGGCUUCACAACCCCCUUCGUGCCGGGUGGCACAAUUGAGGACAAUAUCUCGAGACCUUUCAAGCUCAAGCACCUUAGACAGCUCACCUCAACUAUCGAUUACCUUAACCUUGAGCUGGGAAUCUGCCAUAGCGACAUCACGCCAUACAACCUCCUCAUCGACCCAAGAACGGACAACAUUAUCAUAUUCGACUUUAAUCUCGCAGCCAGGCUGGACUGGGAAGAAGAGCAUCCUGAAAGACAAGACUAUGACCCGGAUCGGGAUGACGUCAAAUUCACCGCUUUUACGCUUUACGAGAUCAUUACCCGAGACACGCACCUAAGGGAUGAGAACGACCCCCAUGAGCUGGAUAUAGCCAUGGUACUCGACACUCCAGCUUGGGAGAAGCACGAGGAAGUUGUCCUUGACGCUCCCGUGGCCGAUUACAGGCGACAACUUGAUGAGUGGAUGACAACGCGACGGGCUAGGUCGGGUGACGGGGCGCAGGAGGAAAAGCAGCAGCAACAGACACUGUCACUCUGGAAGCAGGCCCCCGGUGCGUUCGACUGGCCACCACUCCCUGAGCUGCCCGAGGUAAUGUUCUUCGGGGCGAUGCGGAGGAUACACUAUCAGUAUAGACGCGAUAUGGUCCGGCACGGCGCCAAUUUCCUGACGUGGCAGCGGCCGCCAAGCUGCGCGCUACCUCUCGCUGAAGGCAAGAAACUUCUUGCCACGGGAAAACUGGUGGAAGCUUCGAAGUGAUCUGUGGUAGCAGUGAGCCAAAUUGCACUGAGGCGUGAAGCUAAUUUCAAGGGCUUUGUUAUAGAUCUUCACGCAGAGCUUGCUACAACUUUGUCUUUGGUUACUAUGAGGACCUAGAA